AUGUCUGUGUUGUUGAGACAAGCGUUUGAAAACGCUAAGAAAGAAGGCCGCAAUGCCCUUGUCACUUUUAUGACUGCUGGAUAUCCAACCCUAGAGGAUACCAUUCAAAUCAUGAAGGGUUUCCAAGACGGUGGUGUUGAUGUUAUUGAGUUAGGCUUACCAUUUUCUGAUCCAGUUGCUGAUGGUCCAGUGAUUCAAAUUGCCAAUACUGUUGCAUUGAAGAACGGUAUCGAUAUGCCAAAAGUUUUGGCUCUAGUUAAGCAAGCAAGAGAAGAAGGUAUCACCGUACCAAUUGUAUUGAUGGGUUACUAUAAUCCUAUCUUAAACUACGGUGAAGAGAAAUUCAUUAAGGAUGCUGGUGCUGCUGGUGUCAAUGGUUUCCUUAUCGUUGAUUUACCACCAGAAGAAGCUUUGAAAGUUAGAAACUACGUCGGUGAAAACGGAUUGAGUUUAAUCCCAUUAGUGGCUCCUUCUACAACAGAUGAAAGAUUGAGUCUACUGUCCCAUCUCGCUGAUUCAUUCAUCUAUGUUGUCUCCAGGAUGGGUACCACUGGUGCCAGAGAAUCAGUCGCUAACGAUUUAAGUGCUCUUGUCCAAAAAGUUAGAUCAUUCUCUGGUGAUAUUCCAUUGGCUGUUGGGUUCGGUAUCUCUACCAAGGAGCAUUUUGAUGUCGUUGGAUCUGUUUCCGAUGGUGUUGUCAUUGGUUCCAAGAUCGUUACUUUGAUCGGUGAGGCUGCUCAAGAUAAACGUUAUGAAACUGCAAAGAAUUACGCUGAAGAAAUCUCUGGUGGUAAGAAGGGGAAGGUUCUUUCUAAAGAAGAGUUCUGGAACAUUCACAAGGCCAAUGUUGCAACUGCUAAGGAAAAUAAAACAGUUGCCAAAGAGUUCGAAGAAUUCCACAAGUUCCCGGCUCGUUUCGGAGAGUUUGGUGGACAAUACGUUCCAGAAGCUCUACAUGCUUGUCUAAGACAAUUGGAAAGAGGCUUCGAAGAUGCCGUCGCUGAUCCAGCAUUCUGGGAAGAAUUCAAGAGUUUAUACAGCUAUAUUGGUCGUCCUUCCUCCUUCCACAAGGCUGACAGAUUGACUGAAUACUGUGGCGGUGCUCAAAUCUGGUUAAAGAGAGAAGAUUUGAACCACACUGGUUCGCACAAGAUUAACAAUGCCUUGGCUCAAGUUUUAAUUGCCAAGAGACUGGGUAAGAAAAAGGUCAUUGCUGAAACUGGUGCCGGCCAACACGGUGUGGCAACUGCUACCGCAUGUGCCAAGUUUGGUCUAGAAUGUACAGUCUUCAUGGGUGCUGAAGAUACUCGUCGUCAAGCUUUGAACGUUUUCAGAAUGAGAAUAUUAGGUGCUAAAGUCGUUCCUGUCACUAACGGUACUCAAACUCUAAGAGAUGCCACUUCUGAAGCUUUCCGUUACUGGGUCUCUAAUUUGGAAUCUACUCAUUACAUUGUUGGUUCUGCUAUCGGUCCACAUCCAUACCCAACGUUGGUCAGAACUUUCCAAAGUGUCAUCGGUAAUGAAACAAAGCAACAAUUUGCUGCAUUGAACGACGGCAAGCUACCAGACGCCAUAGUUGCCUGUGUUGGUGGAGGUUCCAACUCCACUGGUAUGUUCUCUCCUUUCGAGCACGAUGCCUCGGUUAGACUUAUCGGUGUGGAAGCUGGUGGUGACGGUAUUGAUACCGAUCAUCAUUCUGCAACUUUGACCGUCGGUAGACCUGGUGUUCUACAUGGUGUAAAGACUUACGUCUUGCAAGACUCCGAUGGACAAGUGCAUGAUACCCAUUCUGUAUCCGCUGGUUUGGAUUACCCAGGUGUUGGUCCUGAACUUGCUGCCUGGAAGGCUUCUGGUCGUGCUGACUUCAUGGCUGCUACUGAUGCUGAAGCUCUCGAAGGGUUUAGACUUUUAUCGCAACUUGAAGGUAUCAUUCCAGCUCUAGAAUCAUCUCACGCUGUCUAUGGUGCUGUUCAAAUCGCCAAAACCAUGAAAAAAGAUCAACAUUUGAUUAUCAACAUCUCCGGUAGAGGUGAUAAGGAUGUUCAAAGCGUUGCUGAAAUUUUACCAAGAUUAGGCCCUCAAAUUGGCUGGGAUCUAAGAUUCGAAAAGGACCCUACUGCAGGAAACUAG